GACGCUACACGCCCAUAGUUCGCAAGCAAGACUUCGCAACGGGUGCGACAGAAUGGGAAAGAGAAAGAGAGAGAGAGAGACAGAGAGAAGAAGAGAGAGAAGAGGCUCCAAAAUAAGGAUAGAACACGUUAGCUGACGGAGCAAACAGGAGCAAGUCAGUAGAUAUCAGAGUGUUGUGCUAGUCGGAUCGAAGCAGUGACGACUAUGAGAUUCGGAGGCCUCUAAACACGGUUCGACCUGAAGAUCAUCCGCAAAAGCAAGGUCCGAAGCACGUAUAAUAUAAAAUCUUCCAUUAGAUCAAAGUUCAUCAACGGCAAAUAUCGUGAUUAACGGACAGGAAUUAAAUACGACAUCGGAUUAAUUAGUGACGUCGUCACUAUUAGCGUAGUACUGUAAUAAAAGAGAAAUCUAACAGUGAAGAUAAAAAAAGCAAUAAGUAAGGAAAAAGAAAAUCAGCCGAGAAAAAAUGCAACAAUACUCGGUGUGCAAUCCAAUUUCUAGCAUUCCGCACUAUUCGGCAUGUCUGCCGCGUUAUUCAUCUCACCUGUCUCAUUUACCUCCGAUAACGGAUGAUGACGUCGGACAGCAGAAUCUCGGAUCGCAGGAGCCGCAUAUCAAACGACCUAUGAAUCCGUUCAUGGUGUGGUCCAGCGAGAAGCGCAAGGAGAUCGCCAAGGAAAAUCCGAAGAUGCACAAUUCGGAUAUCUCGAAGCAGCUGGGCGCGGAGUGGAAGAACCUCCCCCAAGAAACGAAACAGGUAUUCAUCGACAAGUCGAACCAGCUGCGGGAAGAACACAAGAAACAAUACCCGGGAUACAGAUAUCGUCCCCGAAAGAAAACCCAAUCGGUCCUGAUUAGGUCCUUUCAUCCAGAGUCAUUGCCUCCUAGUAACUACAUCAAUGGCUAUCAGUAUCUCGGUUGCAACUUCAAUAAUAACUAUCCGCCGUCGGUUCUAGCUUCAUCGAUGGCUCCGCAUUAUUCGAGUAUUCAGCAGCCAUUUGAUUAUUGGAUGCCACAGACGUAUCUUUUUAACGAGAACGCUCAUAACUUUACACCGGCACAUACUGCUAUCCGAUUCUCUAACGGUGAAUAUCACAAUUUUUGCCAACAACAACAAUAACGCGUCAUUGAUCUUACAAUCAUGAGCUAAUUUAUUCAAGUUCUUUCCUAAUCUUCUGUCGUGAACUUUUCUUUAUAGGGAGAAAAUAUAUAUUUCAUAUAUAUUUAGGGAGAAAAGAUUAGCCGAGAAAGAGAAAGUACUCGAAGGGUUAGCUCUAUCCUGUGUAUAUGUACUUAAUUUCGCGUUAAAAAUGUUAAAAAAUUUUAUUUUUUUUGUAAAUUAUUUUUUAACUUAACAUAAUAAAUUUAAGUACAAAUGAGAAAGUCAAUUUUUUUUUACCUGCACUAAAUGUUAUAUUACAUAAAAUUUAAACAAUUCCUUUUGCAAUUAUAUUACAGUUUCUGCUAAAAUUAUAUGCAGAUAUUCUUUAAUUUAUUACUAUUAAUUUUUAUUUUAACAUUUAUUGUAUUCCAAACUUUGUAUUUAUCUUAGAUUUGUUAUACUAUAUCACAGACAUACACACACACAUAGUAUUGAUAUUUUUGAUAUUUGAUAUUUUUUAUAUUGGUUUUAAACAUUGUUGGACAAAAUAAAAAUUUUAUUUUUGUUUUAUUUUCUCUUUCAAAAUCUACGUUGUUAUAGUUCCUCAUUUAGGAUAGGAUAUUCGUAAGGAUUUAGCAGUAAGAUGUUAAGAUUAUGUUAUAUCAUUGUGCAAAUAUAGAAAUUAGAAAUAAAAAAUUUUCACAAAU